GCGGCAAGUAGGAGAGGCCGAGUCCGCCGGUCACGUGCCAAAGCGGUUGCACGUCCUGAUUGGAUGGCGUCUGUUUCCGGUAGGCAUUUGAUUUUUUUGGACCGCUGGAUUUGGAGAAGGACGUCCCAGACUUUCGUCGUGUUGGAGUUGGGAAAAGCUCUUGGAUCUGCGGUUCAUCCUUCCCCAGCAGGAGCUAAUUUGUCUUCAUGGAGACAAUGGAAGAAUUUGAUAAGGAGUGUCCAAUGCUCAAGACUUUUUGUAAGCAGCUCACAGAGGAUGAAUUUGAAGACCAGACUUUGACCUACACAGAGCAGGCCUUGAUAGACCUGUUUCACACCAUGGACGAGAACCCUGAGCUGUAUGAGAGAGUUAUACGAAGAAGGAAGCAAGAUGAGUUGGAAAAGUCUGGAGCUGGCAAUUGCUUAAAGGCAAAAUUUUUCCUGGCGGUUGAAGGUCAGCUGAACCGUUGCAAUGCUGUGGGAUCUAAAGAGCUGAGAGAGAGAGUGGGUCAUCUAAAAGAGGACAUGAAGAAAGUGUAUUGUUAUGCAAAAGAGGCCAAAUGCUCGGCUAAAAGAAAAUCUAUACGUGUGGCUGAAAGAAGAGAAAAGGCUGAAGCUUCGAGGGAAAAUGUGCAUCAUCAAAAACUGCCGAUAGCACCUCCUUCACCACCUCCACCCCCUCCUCUACCUCCAUCUACUGUGUACACCCCACUGAAAGAUCACACAAAUUUCAGAAAGACCAAUAUUCAGAUGCUUUCCACUCCUGAUUUACUGGACAGUUAUGGACUAUCAAGGCUAAAGCAACAGACAAAGAGUAAGGAAGAGAGAACUAUUCCAGCAGAAUGCACUCAAGAAAGAUGCCAUGUCACAAUUCAUAGUGAGCUCCUUGCUACAAAUCCUUUGAAAAGGCUCAAGGCCACUGGAAUUAACAGAUCUCCAGGUGGAACCCCAGUGAACACUCCAAAAAAGCCCUCUGUAAAGGAGACUGUGGAGAACUCCCCAACUUCAGCAUUCAACACAGCUCUGCUUACAAAAUUUCAAAAUGUGAGGAGUCCUUUUGGAGAGACUGUGCCGCACUCCCCUGACAGUGAUGGAGAUGACAGCUGCAGCAGCAACUUGGGAUUUGCAACACCCCCUGGGACCCCAUAAGUGCUAGGAAACAAAGCUGCACAUUCAUAGAGUCUAUCAGAAUGUAUCAUCCUUUUUAAAAUGCUGUGUAAACCUUUUGCUUUGUUCUUCAUGGCAGCACUGCUACAAUUGUGAUGGGGUGCCUCAACAGGCUUAGUCGCUCUUAAAGUCUGUAUGUUUGGCCACUUAACAGUUUAUCCACAACAGGGAGAGAGUAUUACUGCGUAUUAUUUAUUUUUAUGAAGACAAUCGGUUUUAAAAGUGACAACUAAUUGUAAAUAUUUUAAUAUGAUUUCAAUUUUAAUACUGUCUUUUAUACAAAGUUAAGUUUUGCCAAAGAAACUCUUAGCAGUUCAAGCCAUAAUAAAAGAAAUAAAUAAAAUGGAGACCGGGCCCACUUGCUUAUUGGUCCGCAGACAUUUGAAGGCAUAAAGUAAACCUAGCAACAGUACGGUUUUCUAAUUUCCAUUUUGCUUGCCUCUGCUUCUUGCAGUUUGAAUUUUUUAUUUUUGUAAUCUACCAGUUCUUUUUUUUUAAAUUGCAACAUUAUAUUGUGGUAUAAUUUUUAUGCAUUAAUUAAAAUGUUAAAUCAAACUUUUAGAAAA